AUGCUUGCUACCAGUCCUUGUGUCUGGACUCAAACGAUGCGUACACAUGCAUGUCCAGACAUCCGCAGCUAUUUUGAGUUGGCAAAACCAAAGUUCAUCUGCACAAAAGGAUAUGCUUCAAUGACUGAUCAAUUGGAUAGCGUGGAAUUCGCCGAUGAUUUCAAGCAUCACGCAAAACCUGUGACCAAGCAGGGUGAGCUAGAAAUUGUCACCAAAAACAAAAGAAGGUUACAGUUAGCAACUGGAAAUGAAUAUACUCAAGAAAACAAGACCCGAGUCGAAGGGCGUUUAUGCACACUCUCAGUUGUGAAGGAGAAGCAAGGUUACUUUCUAUGA